AUGGCAGGUCACGGCUCUUUAUCAACUCCCCUCGCCAGACCUCCCUCUGCGGCUCCAGCCGAUCCACUGUGCAGAAUAGCUGCGACUACCCCAAACCUACAGACGCCGCCUGCGCCUACCAAGUUGACCUCCUACUUCACCCAAAGCCAGUUGGCACUUGCUCUUGCUAUCCAGAAGUCAAAACCUCAAGAUGUCUCCACCAAAGACUACUGCCUCCAACUUCGAAAGAACAUACAAAGUCAUCGAGAGUCUGCGGUCGAGAAACAUCGUUAUAUCGACACAUGCGAAUUCUGGAAGGACCAGUACAUGAGGAUUUACCAGGAGAAGAACGAACUCGAGGACAAGGUUCACCAUUUGGAGCAAGUUCAACAAACUCGAGACGAGCUUGGAGUCGCAAAUCUGGAUAACGAGAUAAUAUCAAAUCAUCCUGGAAAGCGCCGGAGGUCACCCCAAGACGUUCAAGGAUCGCUCGAUGUCCAGCGAUCGAAUCCAUCACCCGAUGAUGACAGUGACCUCAUGUUGAGCAGAUAUGUUCUUCGAAUUGGACGGCAACGCAGCCAUCUGGAAAAAUGUAUGAAAGAAUCAAAUAUUCCCGACUAUCUUGAUAACCUCGCCAAGUUAUCUCAUCAAACCCUCCUACUUCUUGAGACAGUUCUGUCUGAUUGUAUUAUUCCAUUAUGGUCUUUGAGGUGCAGUGAUAAUACCCAAAGGGUUUGUCUCCUCCGGCAAGUGAUGCAUCAAAUUGUACUGAGCUUUCGUGCCUCUUUCCACGCUUUGAAUGAGCUAUGCCGUACCAUUCUAGGAAGAGCAAAGAGGUUCGACACUAUCUACCGCCUCGUCAUGUUCUUCAAGAUAGCUCUGGACCAUUUGCACACAGUUUGUACCCUACAGGCCGAAAAUGAAAUUGCGGAGAGACGAAGAACUCGGAGCAAGCGUGUCAAGAUAGAAGAUGAAUACGCUGUUAACAAAUACCUGUGCGAGGCACUCAUCUCGAUUGCCCAGAUUGAGUGGAAAAUUGAACUACCUGGGCAUAGCGAUGUCUGGGAGGGGAUCUUGUUCUCUGUCUUAGACUUCACUGGGCGGCUGGUUUCGAAUGCGGUUUUUAACGAGCAUGUUGCAAUGUCAGACCAUGUGGGCAAUAUCACAAAAGAGGGCCCAACUCUGUUACCAGAAGCUGCAAAACUUGAGUCUCGAUAUAUCGUCUUGGUCUUACGUGCUGCACUGGGGGGAACUAACGCCAGAAAAGAGUUGAAUGCCCGUAUACUCUCUGGCCACCCUGCCAAGCCCGAUGUGCCAAGUCGCCAUGGUAGCUUGCAAGCCUCGGCGGAUCAUACACACAAUUUAUUGAUUAAAGCAAGGAAAACAAUGCAGCAAACCCUGGUUAAGAGCGCUGUUGGUGGAGAGGGGCUUGAAGGCUUGCGAUUGCCUCAACCGCCAGAGGAUGAUUCCACCUAUUCUUCUGAAGCUGAUUGUUGUGUUGAGAAAUUUGGGCAAGAGUGGUUGCUAGAGUCAGUGUGGGCCUUGAUAGGUUGGGAGUUGGUCGUUUAA